ACUGUUUUUUUUUCCUUGCCAAAAAAUUUCAGUGCACGCCACUGCUGCGAGCUCAUUCGUGCACCGGAACGUAACGCGGGGAUUGUUUGUUUGUUUGCACAUGAGCCAAACCAGAGAUCACGUUCAAAGUAACGUGGAGACCCACGUGAUCCCUACCUAUUACACCUAUCAGAGCGAAACUUUUGGCCACGGGGGCGAGGUACCCGAGCCCCAAAACUGGCAGUUUCGCCCCCGUUUGAGGCCCAGCAUAAGCCCGUCGAGCUUCAGACAACGCGAAGACCCGAUUUUUUUCGGAAAUGCCUCAGCUGCGGUCACGUUUCACGUGAGCUGUUAGGUAACGCCAGGAAAAUUCACGACCGCUCAUUUCACACGUUUCGGCUUACAUAAGUUGUUUUGAUCUGUUAUUUCCCUACAUGUGAACGUUUCCAGUCCAUGACAGUGAACGUGCAUCGGCCCGUGAAGCGUGGGCACGUGUUGCAAACACGCUCACGCUCGAAAUUCAAAUUUCCCGCCCCGGAUAACGUAUUACUGGUUGCCCAUACUUCGCAUUUUGACAAUUGACAUUAUUGUGAUAUUCAAGCGUCGGUUUAUUUCGCUAAAUUUACGCUAUUUAUUUGUAUAUUUCUGUAAAGUUUACCAAAGUAAUGUACAAUUUAGUUAAGUCUCAGUAAUACGGUAGUUUCGUAAGUCGGGAAUUAUUCUUCUGUGGGCAAAAUGAUGGGCUACGGCCCCAAAAAGGACGGCGGUCCUAACGUGAAAUACUUCGAAUCGCCGGAAACCCUCGCGGCCCUCGAGCUUGUGAGGCAGUGGCUGCAGAAGAAUGGCAAAAAGUAUUUUCAAGCCGAACCUGUCACUAAUAAGAGUCUCUCCAUGUUGGUUUUGCAAUUGAUGCAAUUCCAGGAGGACUUUUUGGGCAAAAAUGUGCAAAAGCCGCCCAUGAUCCGCAUCCCGGUGCGGUAUUUUAUGGAUUUUAAGCCCGGGGGCGCCUUGUGCCACAUGCUGUUGGCGGCGUACAAGUUCAAGAGCGAGCACAAUUGGCGCCGGUUUGAGAUACCAACAGGCAAAAGCACGGGCAAGCUGGAGCGCGUGUUCGAGAUGUUGAAGUGCAUGGAGAAGGUCUUGGUCCAGAACCGCUUCUACACCGUUCCGUCUGUCUACAUCCGGCCCGAAAUCGACAAGAAUCUCGCCGCCAAAUUACGCGAAAUCGUGUGCCGCAAAAUGGCUCAAGUGGCGGAAACUGAAGAAAUGGCCACGCACAUUUGCUACCCCCCUGUGGACCCGGUGGAGGAGGAAUACGGCCGUCCGGUCUUCAAACGCGACAAGAUGGUUAUGAUGCAUUGGUACUACUUCCCGAAUUCGUACGACGGUUGGAUCAAUUUAGACAUUUCCGGCGAGGGUUUAAGCAACGACGUGCCGAGUCCCAGGACGGAAGCGUGGCGAGUCUCGUGUUCUUGGUUGCUGGAAACCGACCAUUACAACGAGUGGAUGUCCGAAGAAGACUACGAAGUGAACGAAUUGGGCCAGAAGAAGAUUCAUCCGUUGCGGAUGUCCGUCGAGGAUGUUAUGAACCCGUCGAACGACGACAGGUCGAAGAAGAAACAGAAGCGGAAACGCUCGCCUUCGCCACCGUCCAAAGGCGGGAAGCGCAAAAGUGGCCGAAGCCCCGCCAUCGGCAAGAAGCAGAGACCUGAGGACAUGGAAACUGAAGAUUUGACGAAAGAUAUGGAGGAACCGACGCCCGAACCGAACAUUGUCGAGGUUAACUCGUCGAUGGCCAAUCAGAACAGUAAGAAAGACCACGAAUUGCAGCCCUUGAAGGGUGGCUCAGUCACCGAUCUUGAGGAAAACGAAGAGCGAGGCGAAGAUUCGCAAAAUGGUAAAAACAGUGAUAGUAAUACCCAGGAUGAUGGGCAGGAGGAUAAUGUUACUGAACAAACCCACCAUAUUAUCAUACCAUCGUAUUCGGCAUGGUUUGACUAUAACGCGAUACACGAAGUGGAAAAACGAGCCCUUGCUGAGUUUUUCAAUGGGCGGAAUAAAUCGAAAACGCCCGAAAUUUACCUCGCCUACCGCAACUUCAUGAUCGAUACGUACCGAUUAAACCCGACUGAAUAUAUCACAAGUACGGCCUGCCGUCGAAAUCUAGCCGGCGAUGUUUGUGCCAUUAUGCGCGUCCAUGCGUUCCUCGAACAAUGGGGUUUGAUCAACUAUCAAGUCGACACUGACUCGAGACCCACACCCAUGGGACCACCACCCACGUCCCAUUUCCAUAUUCUAUCAGACACACCGUCGGGCCUCCAACCGGUAAACCCCCCAAAAACCCAACAACCAAGCGCGGCAAAAACCUUACUAGACCUAGACCGCUCUCAGGACAUCAAAAAAGGGGACGGCAGCGAACAAAUGAAUAAUUUCGGCCUGAAGUUGGACCAAUAUGCCAAGAAACCGGCCGCCUUGAGAAACAAAAGCGCAGCGUCCUUGACUCGAGACUGGACCGAACAAGAGACACUUCUACUAUUGGAAGGUUUAGAAAUGUAUAAAGACGAUUGGAAUAAAGUUUGCGAACACGUCGGCUCAAGGACACAAGACGAGUGCAUUUUGCACUUCCUGCGUUUGCCGAUUGAAGACCCGUAUCUGGAAGACCCAGACGCUGGGGGCGCCUUAGGCCCUCUGGCCUACCAGCCAAUCCCGUUCAGCAAAGCCGGAAACCCCAUCAUGUCAACUGUUGCGUUCCUCGCCUCCAUUGUCGACCCGCGCGUGGCUGCGGCCGCCGCCAAGUCAGCAAUGAUCGAAUUCGCCAACAUCAAGGACGAAGUCCCAGCUGCCGUGAUGGACGCGCAUUUGAAAAACGUGGAAGCGAGCUCGACCGAAGGCAAAUACGACCCAGCUGCGAACUUGGCCAUGACCGGAAUCGCCGGAACCGCACCCGAGAAGGAAGAAGAAGAGAAAAUCAAGAAAGAACCCGAGAAUAAAGAAGAAGAGAAAAGCGAAGAAAAGAAACCCGAGCCGGAAAAAGAAGAGAAGGAGGACAAGCCGGUCAAGAGCGAAACACCAAGCGAACCCGUCAAGACCGAAAAGCCGGAGGAACCGGAGCGGAAGCCCGAACGGACUGUGAAAGACAGCGAGAUGCAGAGCGCGGCGGCGGCGGCUCUGGCUGCCGCCGCCGUCAAAGCCAAGCAUCUGGCGGCGGUUGAGGAGCGCAAGAUCAAGUCGCUGGUUGCGUUGUUGGUCGAAACGCAAAUGAAGAAGUUGGAGAUUAAGUUGAGGCACUUUGAGGAGUUGGAGACGACGAUGGAGCGCGAACGCGAGGGUUUGGAGUAUCAGAGGCAACAGUUGAUCACGGAACGGCAACAGUUUCAUUUAGAACAGUUGAAAGCGGCCGAGUUUAGGGCCCGCCAGCAGGCGCAUCAGAGGCUGCAAGCGGAUCAGGGCCAGUGGGCGAUGCAACAGCCGCAAAUGACGCAUUCAGCGCCGCCCAACGAGGGGGCCCCGACUAACACGCCCACGCCCCCGAGUCCACAAGCGGCGGCCGUGGCGUCGCCGGCAGCCCCCCAUCAUCUAGCAUAAGUAGGCUAAGUCUUAAUGAAGGUAUUAAAAUCGUAACUUUGAUUUAUUCGCUUUAUAUUGGGUUUUUAUUUUUAUGUAGGUCACAAAUCUGUGGUUCUUGUAUUAAACUGUCGAAACAUG